AUGGCUCCGAGGAAGAGAGACACGAAAGCGGUAGAGAGGUCCCGUGUGGCAGAACCACAUGGUUCGGGUCGUGUUGCUGCUAGUUCUGCCGAUGUAGCAGAACAGUUGGGUCUCGCCAUGUCGACUCCAAAAUCCGAAGCGAGCUCACGAGCUAGAACCCCAAGAAGGCCAGCCGCUAGAGGGAAAUGGAGCGAGGAGCAUUUAUUUACGAGCGACAAAUCCCUCCUUAUUGACUUUGAUCUAGUGAAACUGCUGGCACAACCUGAUGCAUGGAAUUGUCUCGAGGAAAGCGACAAGCGCGAAAUCCUUGCUCUACUCCCCCCAGAUGUUCACCCGGAGGCACAAGCUACAUCGGAUGACCCAGACGCAAAGAUACCGCCCAUACCCGACUCUUUUAUCCGCUACUCAAACAACUGGCGCGACGCCGUUCGACAGUUCCAGCUGGACCUCCAAAACGGCCGCUACGACCCUGAAUGGCUGCGCCAGGCGCAGGAAGCCAGAGAGCAGCGCGAAAAUGGCGAAUUUGACGAUUUCAAAGAGCGUGAAUACGAGCAGUUUUGGGGACAGAAGCAGAAAGUCAUUUGGAAAGCACCUGCUGGAGAAAGUGCGCGUGUAAAGAUGGGAACUCUUAUCGAUCAGGGUGUCAUCCAGCUGGGCGAUAUUUGGAAAUUCUAUUAUGUUUACGGCAGAGGCACCGGCAGAAUUGUCAUCGAAAAGGAAGUCAGGGUCCUUGGCCGUGAUGGGGUAAAAUUGACUUUUGCGAUUCCACCUGGUGAACGAGUCUUUCUUCGCAGCAACUUCGACAAAGUAGAGCCAUGUCCCACACCAGAGGAGGAAAAGGAAAAUGUGAAAGCCGACCUUGAGACAGAGCCACAUCCAGCGACAUCACCUUGGAAUGAUAAACAGUUAAAAUACCAGGACCCAGAGCCACAGUUCAUUAAUUCAACAUCCCAUGGCGAGGAGAUGAAGCUCGACACCGAUCAAGCGCCACAGGAGGUCUCUGUAUCUUUCAGUGACGAGGAAAUGAAGGUUGAGAAUGGCCGAGCGCCACACGGACACGGGAUCCCCGUGUCUACCACCGACGGGAUGAAUAUUGACACGGACACCGCCGCACAGCCAGUCAUUGCGCCUUCGAAUGAUAAGGAGAACCAAGAAGAAACCCCGUUCAGCGUUGUUAUCUUUAGCCCUGGUGGUACGCGAAAUCAAAAGCCCAAGCGCACAAUUCCUGAGCCCGAACCUCAACCCCCAGUGAAACGCAAGCGAGGACGACCACGUAAAAUCCCACCAAAACAAUCCGAGCCAGAGCCGCCCAAAGAGCAGGAGGUGCCUCAGGAAACAGAAGUGUCCCAACGUGACGAACAAAGCUCAACUGCUCCUCUUUCUUUCAUGGCCAUCUUGAAUUCGAAGAUUAAAGAAAACGACAAAGCUACAGCAGAAUCCUCCCAGUCAAAGCCCCACUUCUUAGUGCUUUCUUCCACACCUGAGCCCACCGAGCUCCCUGUGCCAGAGCUAUCUACACCAGUAGAGGAAUCAUCUAUUCCCAAUACCAAUGGCAAAAAUGAUAAAAAUGCCGAAUUAUUGGAAUUAUCCACAGCCCAGUCCGAUCCUCCCGUGGAGAGCGUUGAGGCACCCAUCGAGGCCCCCGCUGGGGUACAUACUGUUGCAUCCGUUGAGGCUGAGCAGGACGAAGUCACUAAACCCACAAAUACUGAACAACAGAAGGUCCCAGUCCCGACUUCAUCUCAAACUACUACUAGCGAGCCGGACGAGAUCAUUGUUCCAAAUCUUUCUUCGCCACAAGCACUCGUCCUUAAGAUCCUACAAAUUGAUGGCCGCAUGCCGAAUGCUCGUACAUCGAAUGCUUGGAAGGAAAUCCGGUGCUACCGAAAUAAUCAGGACAUGGGUAGCCUUUUUGAUGUGCGAGAGGCUUGGUACCUCCGGCAUGGACGACUAGAGUAG